AUGCUUUCCCCAUCUUAUCAAAACUUCGUCGAGUCUCGUGCUCGAGCGAACCCAUGUAUUUCUCGCCUCUCAGACUACUUGCAACAUGAGUGUUUGGGUAAAAGUAAGAUUACAUAUCUCGAUUAUACCACUACCGCCUCGGAACCCGAGCGUAUUGAUGUGCCAGAGAAUGAGCUUUCCAAGCUUGUAAAGACCGCACCAGCAGGAUCAACGAGAUUUGUCUUUGUUGAGAGUAUCUCACCUGGUAUCAUCAUCCUCCUUGGCGAGAAGCUGGACAUUGACCCGUUGUUCUUCGCCGAUUAUAUCCACGUGGGUUUUGAGAACCCAGAAGAAUCAUCACCGCCGCCCUCGCUUGCGACUCUGCCGUCUGUUAUAGCAACAAGAGAUCAUAUUCAUCUCCACUGUCAGAAGGUAAUAGCACUUGAGGGAACUGACGAAGAGUUGAAGCAUGUUCCAUAUGCCCUCAAGACUGAGUCCAAUGUGCCACGAAAUGUCCGUCGGCUGGUCACUUUGCCAGGUGGACGGUUGGCCUUGUCCCAAACUUGCUGCUCUUUCAUCAUAAGGACCUUUGGAGAUAUACGUAUCUGUCUCUUCCUCGUUGACCCACCUGUCACGUCCGUUAUCCAAUCGGUUGACGGUGGUCGAACCUCAAAAUACCAAGCAAGUGUUUCGCAUGGCGGUUUCGAAGACUUCAGAGCACCGGAAAGUUUUUCAUCUUUCCGAAAAUCACCCUCUAGUGAGACUUGGGAUAAGACUUCCAUGAUGGAAAACAUCGUACACUACCUGCGGGCGAGUCCACCGCCAGGACUAGAUCUCAAAUCCCCAAGUAUCCUCGGCAUUGGAUACUACCCAAUCUAUAUCACCUUAUCGGAGUGGAAUAUCUACACGUACCUGACCAGCCGUUGCUCGAAGUACUAUGAGUACUCCGACCAAGUCAAGACAGGUCGGAUGCAUGAUGAGGUCUUGGUUGACCUGCAGAGAUGGAGAAGGCGCAGCAAGAGCAGCCACCAAAAGUUAAACAUUCUUGGAGAAGUCAUCAGCUCCCAUAUCCAGCGCGAGGAUGACAUGGAGGUAUGGAGUGGUGUCCUCAAAGACAUAAACGCACUUCGCGACCAACUCCACGACUACAGUCAAUCUCUCGAGCAGAUGGUUAUGGUGGCGACGUCGCUCGUUCAGCUGCUUGACUCCCGACGGUCAAUUUUGGAAGCUAUAAACACAAAACGUCUGACGUUCUUGGCACUCGUGUUUGUUCCCUUGGCAUGGGUUUCAAGUCUUUUUAGUAUGUCUGAUGGCUAUUCCCCUGGUCAUGAUCUGUUCUGGGUCUAUUUCGCUACUGCUUUGCCGGUGCUCGCUGUUGUACUCUUACUGUCAGCACUUCCUUAUGGUAAGAUUGCGAUGGCUGCGGAGUCGUACAAGGCACGAGCCAGAAACCAUGGAAUGAGGAUUCUUGGGGAACCAGUUUAA